AUGGAAGAUGCUCACCUGGUCCUCCCAUCCUUGCGCGAAGCAGUGCUGUCUGAUUACAAGCUCGAGGUCGACAUUGGCUGGGAGCAGAUAGGUUUGUUUGGCGUCAUGGAUGGUCAUGGCGGUUUUCAGGUGGCCAAAUUCUGCGAACGCCACCUCCCCAAGUCCAUCGCGCAGAGGCCAAGCGCAGAUCCUGCCUCGGCCAUGGCCCAGUCCUUUGUCGAGAUGGACGAGCUGCUCCAGGAGCCAGAGGGGCUCAAGGAGCUUCGAAGGCUGUCAGCGCUGGCAAAGUCCGCUAGGGCUCGUCGCCAGACGGCCGAAGGCAUGGGUUGCACAGUGGUUCUCAGCUGCGUGACUCCCAGCACGCUGUUCGUGGCCAACGCGGGCGACAGCCGGGCGGUGCUGUGCCGCGGCGGUUUGGCCUUGGACCUCUCCCAGGAUCACAAGCCGGAGCUGCCGGGCGAGCGGGCACGCAUCGAGUCUGCAGGCGGCUGGAUAGAAGGCGGUGCAGUUCUCAGGGUUAAUGGAGAUCUCAGCUUAUCCAGGGCUAUCGGGGACUUGGAGUACAAGCUAGACCGCCGCCUCCCCCCAGACCGUCAGAUUGUGACUGCCAGCCCAGAUGUUCGUGCUGUCCCCAGGCAGACGCAAGAUGAAUUUCUCCUUUUGGCCUGCGAUGGGGUUUGGGAUGUACUAAGCAGCCAGGCUGCGGUGGACUUCCUCCGCAAGGAGUUGGGGAACCGAAGCAGCUGGGCGUCACGGUUGGCCGCGAAGCAGCUGCGGCUCUCGGAGGUUCUCGGGCGCUUGCUGGACUUAUGCUUGUCCCCGGACUUGCGGCUCACGGACGGUCUUGGUGGCGACAACAUGACGGCUGUGUUGGUCCUCUUCCUUCCCAUGAUGGUGACAGCGCAAUCAGCCCUGGCAGGAUGCACACGGGCCGUCCAAGUGGUGGGGACAAGGCUUGUGGCUCCUCUGGCCGUAGCCUCGUAA